AUGACAGCUCCGGAUCAAAAAGAUGCGGUACCUGUCCCAUCUCCACAUUCAUCACCAUUAUGGUGGAUCGCUCCGGAACCACUCCUAGGACUGUGUCAGCACCCCUUCUCAGGUUUCACCCUGAGCUCAGGUUUCAUCCUGAGAGGUUGGUCUGGGGUCGCCAACCAUCCCAUGGUCGAAUCGGAGGAUUCGACAUUCCUAGUUCCUAGUUCGAGUUCCGAGAGCGUGAAUACCUGCCGAGGGUACCUGACUUGCAAACCCACAGGCUUGGGGGGGGCCUGCCGGGGUUUGGGGUUCAGAAGUACUGCUGUCGAGACGCCAGCUUCCCUGAAGGAGGGGAAUGUGUCACGACCAGUACUUAUAGCGAGAUCAACUCUCACUAGCAGAGUUGAUAUUGAGCCUUUUAGGACGGUUUAUGAUCGCGGGCUCGCUACCCGGUCAUGA